CCCAUGACAGCCCCGGCGAGAGUCAGGCUCGACCAGCCCGGCCGGUAUUUAAGCGGCGCAGGCCGCGGGCCGCGCCACUAACCGGGCCGCGCGGAACAGCGGCGAGAAGCAGCAGAGCAGCCACCGCCGCUCAGUCCCCUCCUCCUCCCACUUCUCCUCAGGCCGGCGGGGAAGAAGGAACAGGAAAGGGAGGGCGAGGAGGAAGGACGGGCCUCUCUCCACCGCCGCCGCUUGCCGCCGCUUCCCUGGCCCGGCGGCCGAGUUCUUUCCCCUCACGCCGCCCGCUCUCUCGCCGCCUCGCCCCCUGCUGCCAUGUUGGAUCGCUCGGCCCGAGCCGGGGCGAAGCGGGAGGUUUGAGGGGGGAAGAAGGAGCGAAGGAGCCACAGGCCGAGGAGGAAGAAGGGCUCCGGCCUAGAGCUCGCCCAGCCCCCUCAGCGCCGUCUCCGGUCGCCGCCCCGAUGCUGCCGCCGCCGCCGCUGCCGCAGUAGCCAGCGGGGCGGAAGCGGCUGCCGCUGCUGCUGGUCGAGAGCCCGGAGCCCCGGAGCAGAAGCGGCCGGCCGGCAUCUCGGAGCGGCGCGAUGAGCAACAACCAGCAGCCUCCGCCGCCGCGGCGAAUCACCAAUGUGGGCUCCAUGCUGCUCACCCCGCAGGAGAACGAGAGCCUCUUCGGCUUCCUGGGCAAGAAAUGCGUGACAAUGUCUUCUGCAAUUGUUCAGAUUUAUGCAGCAGAUCGCAAUGCUAUGUGGUCGAAGAAGUGCUGCGGCGUAGCUUGCCUUGUAAAAGACAAUCCACAAAGGUCUUAUUUUAUCAGAAUAUAUGAUAUUAAGGAUGGAAAACAGUUGUGGGAACAAGAAUUGUAUAAUAAUUUUGUAUAUAAUAGUCCUAGACCAUAUUUUCAUACCUUUGCUGGAGACGCAUGUCAGGUGGGUCUUAAUUUUGCUAAUGAAGAAGAAGCAAAAAAAUUCCAGAAGACAGUGACGGACUUAAUUGGACGACGGCAACGAAAAUCUGAGAAAAGGAGAGAUCUACCAAAUGGUCCAAGUCUACCAAUGGCAACUGUUGACAUCAAAAAUCCAGAAAUCACCACUAACAGAUUUUAUGGCUCACAAGUCAACAACAUUACAUAUACCAAAGAGAAGAAAAAAGCAAAAGCAAAAAAGAAGAGGUUAACAAAGGCAGAUAUUGGAACUCCAAGUAACUUCCAGCACAUUGGACAUGUUGGCUGGGACCCGAACACAGGUUUUGAUGUUAACAAUUUGGAUCCAGAGCUGAAAAACCUGUUUGACAUGUGUGGAAUUUCAGAGGCUCAGCUGAAAGACAAAGAAACAUCCAAGGUUAUAUAUGAUUUUAUUGAAAAAACAGGAGGUGUGGAAGCUGUUAAAAACGAAUUGCGUAGACAAGGUCCACCACUCUGGAGUGCUCCUCCACCACCUCCACCAUCCAGGGGCGGCCCUCCCCCUCCUCCUCCUCCCCCACCGCCACAUAGCUCGGGGCCACCUCCCCCUCCUAUUAGGGGAAGGGGAGCUCCUCCGCCACCUCCUUCAAGAGCUCCGACCGCAGCGCCUCCCCCUCCGCCUCCUUCCAGACCUGGUGGUGCAGUGCCGCCCCCGCCCCCCAACAGGAUGUAUCCUCCUCCUCCUCCAGUUCAUUCUUCCUCUGCCCCCUCGGGCCCACCUCCGCCACCUCCACCACCUUCGGGUGGUUCUUGUGUGCCUCCUCCACCUCCCCCACCCCCUCCCCCUCCUGGUCCUCCUCCACCGCCCGGGGUCCCAGUAGAGGUUGACCAUCAGCUUCCAGUUCCUGCAGGAAAUAAAGCAGCUCUCUUAGAUCAAAUCAGAGAAGGGGCCCAAUUGAAAAAAGUCGAACAAAGCAGUCGUCCAGUUUCCAGCUCGGGAAGAGAUGCGCUACUUGAUCAGAUACGGCAGGGUAUACAGCUGAAGUCUGUAUCUGAUGGACAAGAGAGUGCACCGCCUACGCCUGCUCCCACCUCGGGUAUUGUGGGAGCACUAAUGGAAGUUAUGCAGAAAAGGAGCAAAGCCAUUCAUUCUUCAGAUGAAGAUGAGGAUGAAGAAGAUGAAGAAGAUUUCGAGGAUGAUGAUGAAUGGGAUGACUGAUCAGUAUAUUAUAUAUCAUAUAUAUUUUUAAGGUGAAAUACUAAACUACUUUCUGUCUAUGGAUUCUGUAAAAUUAUCAUGUAAAUGUUCUACCAAUUUGCUGUAUAUUUUUGUUGCCUUUUGCUUUUUUAUUAAUCUGUGCAAUACCUCAUUUAAUCUGUAAAGGUUUGUCAUAAUCCUAUACAAAGUUACUCCCGAAAUUAAUGUGUACAAGUUUACACCAGGUUGCUCAGUGUACAUGUGAACACUUUCCAUUCCAUCAAUAAGGGAGUUUUAAUGUAAUAUGCGAGAUUGACAAACACACCUUAAAUGUAUUUAGUUAUAAUGCAAGAAGGAAAACACUAUUUUCAUACCCUACUUUUUCUGUAUCUAAAUUUUCUUAUUAAAACCUAGUAUAGCACUACAUUCUUUAAGCAAUGCAGCUCCUAGUUUUAGCCCCUUCAUCUUAGAAACUCUGCCACGUGGGUGAGGCUGAUAAAACAGUGAACCGUUGCAGUUCAUACCGCUGCGAUUAAAUUUAGCAUUUAAGCUGACAUAAAACAAUCAUAAAAUAUUAUUAAUAAUAAAGCAGUUGUGAAAAUUUCCCCUGAUUCUGGAGCACUGUGUUUCCUGCUAUCAGGCAGCGUUGACACAUUGAAUGCUCAAUUUAGGAACAUCCCAGUUGGUUUCAGAGUGUGACAUCUCUGAUGUAAGCAACCUCUGAUUUUUACCAGCUACCUUUCACAAUGAAGAGGAGUCUACAUUUAUGGCAACUGCUGCGGGCGUUUAUUUAUUUUUAUAUGCUGUUUUUUACUGAAGGGCUGUGGUUCUAAAGUUUGCUCUGAAUAAUAGUGGAUUUAAAUUUUAAAAUGUGUAGGGCAUGAGAAUAUAAUAAAUGAAUUUAGGUGGUGUCACUCUGCAGUCUUUAUGGAUUACGGUAUAAACCCAAAACAAUUUAGGCACCAGAUCUGUGAUCUAGAAAUUGAAAGCAUUUAUACAGGGGUGGAUGGGUGGAUGGGUGGAUGGGUGCCUUAAAUAUAUACUUCUCCUGACUGUGACGGGCUUUCCUAAAGCGAUGGGGAAAGUUUCUGGGGGAGAGAAGGGAUAUGAGCACGAAUUCUUCACUGAUGUUUCCUUUCAACUUCCUUUGGUUGGAUAAGCUGAGACUGGGUGGGCUCUAUGCCUGUCAACCUAUUAAUGUUCAGAGAUCCACUCCUCGCAUGCGCCCCUACGUGUUUAUUUAAGCAUAAUGGGUCAAUGUUGCCCUGUUUCCUUUGGACACUAAAUCUCCAGGUAGAGCUCAUUGAACUGCUUGCUUUUUGGGAGGGUCUCACUACUGCAAAGUUGGUGUAAACCACUGCUUUUUAUACGCACUGAACUUGAACUUGCAUAUUGCAGUUUGAUUUGCCUCCCGCUUAGAAAUGAUGCCAAGGGAUGUGACGCUAAAAGAGGUACGGCUCCAUGCUUGGAAAUCGCGUUCCGACCUAUGACGGGGAAAGUUGAGUUCUCAUCUUAAUUUUCGUAUUUACUAAUGGAGUUAACGUUUGGAGUAUCUCCCUAUUUUAUAAGCAGGGUGCUGCAUUUAAGAUAGGCAUUGGCAGUGCUAACCCCAUACUUGCAGCAAGGAAACAUUGAAGUAGAAAACACUAGGAAUAAUCAACUUGCCUCGCUGAUGCACAGUGUUUCAAGGGAGGAAUAUCUGGCGUACAAUUAACACAUGCUUCUUUCCCCUCUCCCCAUCUUCUCUAUUCAUGGUAUACUGGAUGAAAUUUGUAUUUGCUGAAACCCCGUGUUGGCUUGAUCUUGGCAGGCUGGACCUGCAAUAUGACUUGGCUUGGAUAUCUUAGUGCAGUUAUAAUGUAUGUCUAGCAUCCGGAUUUUUAAUACUCGAGGAAAACAGGAUUUUAAAGGUUAUGUUGAUGAAAAGGAGGUGUUGGAAGCAAAGCUAAGUUAUUCUGAUGAGGGUAACUUUUGUUUUAAGCACACGGCUUGGGAAAGGAGAAUUUUAAAGGUCUCCUCCUCUCCCUGCGGUUGUACCCACAGCACUGCCUGCUGCUGGAAAGACUUUCAGCCACUGUUGCUGCUAGUAUGGCUUGAGGACUGUGGGCAGGUUGGCUGAAGCCUGAUUGAAAGCUCUGAAGUAGGAUUAAGAAUGUGCACAUGAGAGGGAGUCUUAAUGGCCUUCGGGACAGUGUUUAGUGCUGUCUCUCCAGCUCUGGUAUCAUAAAGGGCAUUUUUUCAAAUAGAUCUUGCUCAGGUGGCCUCCAAAGAUGUUACUUAUUAGCAUGAAUAAAGCACAUGCUUCUAGAGUCGAGAGAACUUGGAAAGAUUUAAUAUUAUAUGGCUGAGAUAUUUGUGUAAUCCAUUAAUCACUUGCCCCACAGGCUUUCGUUUUGUUUCGUUUUCCUAUAAAGUGUAUCCACGUUAUUGCACAAAAGUUCAGAUGUUUUGCUUUCAAUAGCAUAUUGUACGGUCUUAAUUUAAGGCAUGACUGCAGUUACAGUUAGGCUACAAAGUCACAGCUGCAUGUUUCUGCAUUUUCCUGUUUCCCGUGUGGGCUGGAGGCGGCGUUUCAUGUCAUUGAAUCACUACUGCUAACCGUUGUAACAAGGCAGCUUCAUGCACCAGUUAAAUUGACUGUCCAGGUAGCCUUGGCAAUUAGCAAAUGAGCCUGAGGCCUAUAUCUCAGCACUACGCAUAGACAAUAUCAACUAGCCGCUUGUACUCUGAAAGCAUCUCAGUCGUUCAGUUUUCCGUUUCAUCAAACUGAAAUUCUUGGUAUGUGAAUUUUCUUUCUCUUUUGCUUUUUUUUUAAUGUACAGUGAAUAGGAUGUUGCACUGGUGGCAAUUCAUCAUGGAGCAUAAUAAAAUUAAUUUGACUCAAAAA